UCCAUGUACACAAAAGAAAAUCUCAGUCUUAAGGAAGCAGCAGACCUGCUUACUUGUCGACUAGGCCUGUGUGGUUUUCAACAGAAACAUAUUCCUGCUUAAUGAAUAGGAACAGUUUCAAGCAUUUCUACUUGAAAACAAGGAGGCUUAAAGGCUUGUAUAAAUGAGCAGUGUGUAGAAAACCCUCUGACAAUAAUUACUUCAGUAUUGGUCCAGCAGGAUGAUUUGGAUACUUCAGAUCUUGUUUUCACCACUCCCAACUCCAGCUUUGAUUGGUCUCGUUACUUUUGGAGCAAGUGUUUUCUUAUGGGUGAUAAGCAAACCAAAACCAGUUGAACAACCUGUUCCCUUGAACAAGCAAUCUGUUGGCACAGAGGGAGGAGCUAGAAGGAGUGCACUUAUACCUGAAGGCAAAUUGCUUUCAUAUUACUAUGAAGAUGCAAAAACUCUGUAUGAAUGUUUCAAAAGAGGACGGUAUGUUUCAGAAAAUGGUCCUUGCUUAGGAUACAGAAAGCCCAAACAACCUUACCAAUGGCUAUCUUACCAACAGGUUCUGGAUAGAGCUGAAUAUCUGGGUUCAGGCCUCCUACACAGAGGACACAAGCCUUCACCUGACCAAUUUAUUGGCAUCUUUGCUCAGAAUAGACCAGAGUGGAUAAUCUCUGAGCUUGCCUGCUACACUUAUUCAAUGGUUGCUGUUCCCCUCUAUGAUACACUAGGACCAGAGGCAAUUGUGUAUAUUGUUAAUAAAGCUGAUAUCUCUACUGUGAUCUGUGACAAGCCUGACAAGGCCCAGGUGCUGCUUGAAAACUGUGAACAAAGGAAGACCCCAGGACUGAAGACCAUUGUUUUGAUGGAUCCCUUUGAUAACAAAAUUAAGGAAAUGGGAGCUGCAGUAGGAGUUGAACUGCUUUCAUUAAAAGAACUUGAGGCAUUGGGCAAAGAGAACUUUAGCAGACCAGUUCCUCCCAAACCAGAAGACUUGAGCAUUGUCUGUUUCACCAGUGGAACCACUGGUAAUCCUAAAGGAGCCAUGCUAACACAUGAGAAUGUUGUGGCUGAUGCAGCAGCCUACCUAAAGGCCUUAGAGUUUGCUCCUUGCCAAACCUCUGAUUGCACCGUGUCAUACCUUCCUUUGGCUCACAUGUUUGAAAGAGUAGUGCAGACAGUACUAUACAGCAGUGGAGCAAGAGUGGGGUUCUUCCAAGGAGAUAUUAGACUUCUGACAGAUGACAUGAAAGCACUGAAGCCAACCAUCUUUCCAGUAGUGCCAAGACUGCUGAACAGGAUCUAUGACAAGAUACAAAGUGGUGCUCAAACAAAAUUCAAACGUCUUCUGCUAAAUAUUGCUGUGGCUAGGAAACAUGCUGAAGUGAAGCAGGGCAUUCUCCGAAAUACAAGUAUCUGGGACAAGCUGGUAUUCAAGAAAAUUCAAGAUAUCAUGGGUGGGAAAGUGCGAGUAGUAGUAACUGGAGCUGCCCCAAUAUCUCCAUCUGUCUUGAGAUUCCUCAGGUCCGCUUUUGGAUGUCAGAUUUUUGAAGCAUAUGGUCAGACAGAAUGCACUGCUGGCUGUACUUUCUCGUUAAUAGGAGACUGGACAACAGACCAUGUUGGGCCACCUCUUGCCUGUAAUCUCAUCAAACUUGAAGAUGUUGCUGAAAUGAACUACUUUGCAGCUAACAAUGAAGGAGAGGUUUGCAUUAAGGGACCAAAUGUAUUCAAAGGUUAUCUAAAGGAUCCAGAGAAAACAGCAGAAGCUCUUGAUAAGGAUGGGUGGCUUCAUACUGGAGACAUUGGGAAAUGGUUACCGAGUGGAACCUUGAAAAUUAUUGACAGAAAAAAGAACAUCUUCAAACUUGCUCAAGGCGAGUAUAUUGCACCAGAGAAGAUAGAAAACAUUUACAUCAGAAGUGCUCCUAUAGCGCAGGUCUUUGUGCAUGGGGAAAGCUUACAGUCUUUCUUGAUUGGCGUGGUAGUUCCUGACCCAGAGACUCUUCCAGAGUUCACAAAAAAGUUGGGACUGAAGGAAUCAUAUGAAGAACUCUGCAAAAGUGUUGCAGUGAAAAAAGCUAUUUUGGAAGACAUGAUCAAACUGGGGAAGGAAGCUGGCCUUAAGUCUUUUGAACAGGUAAAGGACAUCUACCUCCAUCCAGAAAUGUUCACAGUUGAAAAUGGACUCUUGACGCCAACACUAAAGGCAAAGAGAGCAGAGGUGUCAAAACACUUCAGGAGCCAGAUUGAUGCCCUUUAUACAUCUAAUAAAUAAGGCGGCAAAGGCUAGCUUGAAUAUAAGCUUACAAUGAACUACAAAAGCACUUGCCAGAAAACUAAAAAGUCUUAUUUCCUUGGUCAUCUGAUGUCUUUAAAAAAAAUGCCAUAGUAAGGUGUGUAAAAUCAGCAAGAUGUUUAAAUGAAGACUGCUGAGAUGGUUGAGAUGAUUAAAGCAAUUGUACAAGGUGUCCUGUUUCCCCAAAUUACUACCUUGUCUCUUAGUAAUUAUUUAAUCGAAAUUGAGAAAGACCUUGAUGGUAUACUUGAAUGUGACUGGUCUUAUGGAUAAUCUUAUGGAUAUGUGAGGAAAAUAUCUCUUGGAGAAAGAACUUUCUGUGGUAGUACAGAUCAAAAUGAAGUACUGGAAUGCUGUGACUCUGUGGAAUCGUAUACUAAAUGGUUCUACCCAAUUGAGGUAUGAUUCUGAUUAGAAGCAUUUGUUUAACAUUUUAGUCAUGCCAUGUCUGUCUUUGUAUAUAUUUGCAAAGCACCUUACUGCUCUUAACUGUAAUGGCAGUCAUAAAUGUACCUACCUCUUCUUGUUGGGAAAUUCAUAUUUCUGCUAAAGCCUAAAAUAACUGUUUUCGUACAAGAUGACAUGAAUAUGUGAAAUAAAAAAUGCACUGUCAUAUUGUCUAAGUACUUUGGCGAAAGCAUCUUAUCUAGAGCUUGAUUUGUUGUGUGUGUGUUAUGUGCUAUCAACUCGUGUCCAACCCAAGAAGACCCUAUGAAUCAGGGUUGUGGUUUCCUUUUCAGAGUCAAUGCAUUUCAUAUUGGUUCUUCCUCUUUUUCUGCUGCCUUCUUGUCCUAGCAUCAUUUUCUUUCUGAGUGACUUUUAUCUUCCCAUAAUGUGACCAAAGUACUUGUAGGGACAGUUCAGGCUUGACUUUUUCUUAAACCCACUUGUCUUUUUGGCAAUCCUUGGUAAGCCUAGCACUUUCCUCCAAUGCCACUACUGGAAAAGAACAGUAGAAGUGGACCCACUUCUAUAACGAUACUGGUUAGGUUGAUACUGCACACUAGAGCCCUGGAUUGUGCUUCUAAUCUGCAUAGUAGCAGGAAGCUGUUGUAGGAGUUUUGGAAAACAAGUCUUCAAGCUUGGAACUCUCAAUCAAAUCAGUAAUUUCCUACCUGAUGGCAUGUUAACUACUCUACAUAACAUAUUAACACUUAUAAACUUCCAAUUGUCUUAAGACUUUAUUCAAGGAAUAAAAUUCUGUCUACAAAAA